GCUCGCCGACGAUCACAUCGACUUGAGCAUGGAUUUGCUACGGGAUCGUGCUGAAAGACAUCCAAAAUCGUUCAACAUUCCUGGCAGACUCAUAUUGAACACCGAGUUCAUCCGUGCCGUUGACAUUGAGUACCAGUCGUUCCAGGCUAUGGGUAGUGAGUACACGAUGCCGGAAUAUAUGAUGGAAUGGGUCGUAGGGAUGUGGCCGAGUGUCGGUGGGAAGCCAUGGGAUGGCUGUACGCAUAUGUACGUACCAGUAUGUCUGAAUCAUCACUACAUUGCAGUGGAAAUCGUAUUCGCCGACUCCACGAUGUAUGUGUACUACCCCGAUCAUUCAUGCCUGACACAAGGCCAGCUCGAGCAAAAUCUAGAGUCGCUGUCUGUGAUCGUUCCCAUGAUGGCUAGACGAGCUAACAUCACUGUACAAGACAGAUUGGCCACCAUGCGGAACACGACGACGACGAGGCAACAAAUAUCGUAA